AUUGAUGUCAGGUGUUGGUGUUUUCACUGAUGCCUGAAAUGUCUGCAAAUGGUGCUCUCUGAUUGGCUGCGAGCUGUGACCUGCGUACAGGUGCGGAUGGCAGCACGCGCAGCCACAGUGCUGCUGUUACUGAGCCUUUUUGUUUCUCUGGAGCUCGGGCUCUGCGGACUUUCUGGACCCCCACCGGACCCUGAGCUCGGCAGGAUGGAGCUCCGGCGGGUGCGCAUGCUCGCUGAUCAGCCCCGGUACGGCGAGUGUUGGGCGCGAGCCCUGAAGGAGCUGGGCGUUCGGUGCAAGGACAUGACGUCAGAGAGCCAGAGACUCAUGGCGCUGCGCUUCACACAGUGUCACCUGAGCAGCUCAGGCAGAGAUUUCCCAGCAUGCCCCGUGGGCUCCGAUGUCAGCAUGUGUACAGGUGGAAUGGAUGCAGUGGCCUUCAACACCUUUACAGAGUUCUUCACCCACACUCACGCCAUCUGCCACUUCCUGCAGUCUGAAGCUUGGCAGAGUCAAGCUGAAGACACCAUAUCCAGGUUAACUGAGACAUCAGCAGGAGUUGCUGAGGAGCUCCAGUCCACCAGGCAGAUGGCCAAAGACCUUCUGGAAGCUCAGAGUGCUGCUUUACAGGCACAGGAGGAAAUCCUGUCCAAUGGAGAGGAGCUCCAAGGCCUCCUGAGAGACUCCACACAGGGUCUGCAGUCUGUGUUCUUGGACCUCAGCAGAGCCUCCAGAGAGCAGCAGGGGGCGCUGUCCGAGCUCUUCCACAGAGUCUCCUUCCUCCAGAGUUUCCUGCUGAUGGAGGCUCAAAGUCUGAGCUCCUGCUGCUACAAUGCUGCUGCUCUCUGCACCUCUUUCCUCAUCACCUCCACACCGCGCUCCUCCAGAGCCAGGUUGAUCCUGCUAUGUUUGGUGUGCUUAAAUUUCUACUUGGAGAGGAAGCUGUACCAGUUUGUGGUGAGCUCUGACCACCCUGAGCACCUGCACAUGGAGCUGCUCUCAGUGUACGUGGGUGUGCUGCGGCGGGCGAUGGUGGGUGUUGGGGUGUGCGUUCUGCUGCUGGUGUGUGUGCGGUACAGAGACCCCGUGCAGCAGAGCCUGCAGCUCCUGCAGCAGCUCAGGGAGAUGCACAGCAGCCUACAGGAGGCGCUGCAACAAGCAGAGAAGGUUAGAGAUCUGGAAAAGAGAAACGUUGGGCUUCACAGGAAGAGGAGGACAGAGAGAAGAAAUGAAGAGAAAGUGAGAGUGGAAAAGGAAGAGCAGAGCUGCUUGUCUCCGAGUGAAGAGGACUCUGACCUGUGUGUGCCUCCAUCUGAAGGCAGCUGCCCUCAGCCCUCCUCUCCUCUGGUCUACAGCAUCUUGGUGGAGAACAAACAGCCUCGUUACAGCCUGAGAAGCAGGCGCUCAGACACCCACUAAAGAAUCAGAGGAAAAAUGUCUUUCUGCAUUAAAUGUGCUUUUUAUGUUUAAAUGUUAAUAAAAUGUUUUUAAGUUGCAA